CAUGCGCGAUAUGCUUUGGUUAAAAUCAAUGCUUUGAACGGUGGAUUUUCAUCCUGCUUUUGCUAUUUGUAUUCUUUGUGACAGAAAGAAAGGUUUGUUGCCUGCGGAAAGAUGUCUGACAAUAUUGACUUGACUUGUAGAAGUGGUGAUGUUGUAAAGGUUGAACCACCAGACCAAGAUCUUGUAGGUGAUUACACUCCAAAUACUGAUUGGACAAUGAUGGAACUGCCUGAAGAAGGACUUGUCAAUAUGGAUUUGUGUGAUAGUGGAACCAACUUUGAAGAGGGUGGUUAUGUGAAAACAGAGCCAGGUGUAGGAACUUCCUCUGACCCUGGUUAUACAGCAGAGUCGGAACAAUAUGAGUAUGACCAAGAGUUCAUCAAGAGUGGGUUUGGUCACCAGGAUAACUCAAUGGAUCGACCAGACUUGAAUAGAAUAAAAACAGAACCUGGCCUUGAGGAGAACUUCCAUUCUAAUGAUCCCAUGAUGGAGUUUGGUUGUGACUCACAGAUCGAAAAUCUAAUAAAGAAGGAGCCAAGUGAACUAUUGUCUCAUCAUGUGUCAGGUGACUGUUAUCAAAUGGAAUGUGUGACUAUGGCUGAGCCUCAGGAGUCGGAAUAUGUGAUUGAGAGACCUGGUCAAGUCAAACAAGAACACGAAACUUGCACCUUUGAGUCAGAGCCUCAGGAGUCUGAAUAUGUGAUUGAGAGACCUGGUCAAGUCAAACAAGAACACGAAACUUGCACCUUUGAGUCAGAGCCCCAGGAGUCAGAAUAUGUGAUUGAGAGACCUGGUCAAGUCAAACAAGAACACGAAACUUGCACCUUUGAGUCAGAGCCCCAGGACUCGGAAUAUGUGAUUGAGAGACCUGGUCAAGUCAAACAAGAACACGAAACUUGCACCUUUGAGUCAGAGCCCCAGGAGUCAGAAUAUGUGAUUGAGAGACCUGGUCAAGUCAAACAAGAACACGAAACUUGCACCUUUGAGUCAGAGCCCCAGGAGUCAGAAUAUGUGAUUGAGAGACCUGGUCAAGUCAAACAAGAACACGAAACUUGCACCUUUGAGUCAGAGCCCCAGGAGUCAGAAUAUCAUGAUUCUUGUGACAUGGAAGGAAACAUUAUCAAAACUGAACUUGAGUUUAAGUCUGAGCCCGAUUCUGGAUACCCAUCUGAGCCAUCUGAGGGUGCAUUUAUAAUUGGGCCUGACAAUAGCCAUGUACCUUUAAUUGAGAUUGAAACCAUUAACAUGGCACAGGUUGGAGAGGCUUUGAUGAAGCAUGAACCGGAUGAUCAGUCUGGGUCGGAUGGGGAGAUUGGAUUGUUGAAGAUCGAGCUAGAUGACACCCUCCAUCCCGUACCAUAUGCUGGGGAGGACAUGAAGCAUGAUGAUAUGAUAAAAGAUGAAGAAUAUGUUCCGCCUUCUGACCAGUCAUCAAGCUCAGAAGAUGAUUUCACAAGCUUAAAUGAGGAUGAUUGCGUUGUCAGCGCUAGGAGAUUUUCAAAACUGCUGUGUGAUCGCUGUGGUAAACAAUUCAAUUCUCAAAGUCACCUAUUGAUACACCAACGCAUUCAUACAGAAGAAAAACCAUUCACUUGUGACAAGUGUAAUAAAUCAUUUAGCUGUCCGGAGCUUCUUGUGAUGCAUAAGUGUACAUGUAUUGACACAGUAGAAGGACCAUUUGUAUGUGAUCGCUGUGGGAAGGCAUUUGUGCUCAACUGUAGCCUUGUUAAACAUUAUGUUACUCAUAUAGACGAAAGACCAUUUGCUUGUGAUCAGUGUGACAAGACAUUCAAAAGAGGCUGUGACCUUAAGAAACAUAAACGUACUCACACCGAUGAAAGGCCGUUCAAAUGUGACAAGUGUGAGAAGGCAUUCCGAACUUCUAGUCAGUGUGCCCGACAUAAGCGUAUUCACACAGGAGAAAGGCCAUGCAGAUGUGAUGAUUGUGGUAAAACCUUUAAGCGUUCUGGGCACCUUCUGAUACAUAUGCGUACUCACACAGGAGAAAUAUCAUCUAGAUCAUUUCCUUGUGAUCAGUGUGACAAAACAUUCAAAAGCAGCAGUGAAAUUGCUAAACAUAAAACUUGUCACCGGGAAGUAAGAGCUUUCAAAUGUGAUGAGUGUCCCAAGGCAUUUAAGAACAAGAGCCAACGCACUCAGCAUAAGCAUGUCCAUACAGGAAAAAGACCAUUCAAAUGUGACCAGUGUGAUAAAACAUACACCCGUUCAUGUAUUCUUCUAAAACAUAAGCGUAUUCAUAAAUAAAUACAAAUAUAAAUAUAGAAUUUGUAAAGCGCCUUUCCAGGUCACCCUGCUGAAAGCGCUACCUCCUCUAUUUUUUGAAGUGAAGAGAACAAUCAUUUGCGUGGUCAGUGUGAUGAGGCAUUUAAGAGCUACAGUAGUCUUGUGAAACAUAUGCCGAUUCACAUUGAAUAAAAUAGACCAGUUGGAGUUCCGGGUUUCCACCAGAAAAAAUAUUUUGAGUACGAACUGAAAGUGACCUGACACCUGAUGCCAGAGACCAUGGGGUUGUGACUGGCGGGUAUUUGAUAUCUAUAUGGCUUCAUGUGACUCACUGACUUGACUCUCUAAGCGCAGCUCCAUUCAUUCUUCAGUCUUGUAACGUGUAUCUUCAACAAUAAAUUCACAAAUGUUUUUUUUCAACUUGUAUUUUGGGGUACGUAUCUUUACCCCAGGACUUAUUUUGGGUGUGUAAUUUUACCCUCUGGCGGAAACCCUGCAGUUCAAUGUUUACAGUGUAGUUAUACUUAACUGGAGGCCUUGGUUGUCUCAACAAAUGCCGUAUGGAUGGAGUUAAAAUGUAGGUCAAAACAGAGGCUCAAGCAGUCACAGCAUGUCUGAUUGUGAAGACCAUGUUUCCUUCUCAUGUCUCUUGUUUUGACAGUGUUUCCGUUUCUGGUUGUGU